AAAAUAAUAAAUAAAUAAAAAUAAAUCAAAUACCUUAUUCUCUCUCUACACGCCAUUUUUUUUUUUCUGUGGACGCAGUCGCCGGAGCUCUGCUUCUCCAUUUCUCUACCCGAUCUGCGUACAGAGACGCCUCCAUUCAAUCUCAAAAUAAUUUUCAGCAUUUUUCUCUAUUUUUUUUCCUCUUUGAAUCGUUUCAAUUUUUGUGAUAUGUUUUUUUUUUUUUUCAGUGAAAACCGAGUCUCAUUGUAGUUGUUAAGUUGGAGAAGGAGUCUUUUUAAAAAAUUGGAUGCGUGUAUAUAUAUGAACUGAAUUAUCGGAGGGAGCUAGGGUUUGUGUUGCCGAGUUGACUCUUUACCUGGUUAGAGAGAAUUGUAUGCGCUAAUUAGGUUUUUGUGGAAGAGCCGAGCUGAAGCUCGGGAAUGGGAAGCAUGGCUUCGGAGAAUGAAGAGAGGUUUCAGAUCAAUGUCCAAUCGAAUUACGGCGGCGGCGGCGGCGGCAGCUAUUUGCAGAAAUUCAGGCUUUAUGAAACUCGUUCGAACUUUUAUAUGAUUGGCCGUGACAAAAGUAGAACAUGCUGGAGAGUCUUGAAGAUCCACAGAUUAGAGCCGUCCGAGCUAAUCGUCACUGAGGACCCUACAGUAUAUUCAGAUAUCGAAUGCCACGACCUCCUCAAACGAAUUCAUGAAGGAAACAGGUCUACUGGUGGGCUGAAGUUUGUCACCUCCUGCUAUGGAAUUGUUGGGUUCAUAAAAUUUUUGGGGCCUUAUUACAUGCUUCUUAUCACUAAAAGAACGAAGAUUGGCACAAUCUGUGGCCAUGCAGUAUAUUCCGUCGCCAAGAGUGAGAUGAUCCCAAUACCCAAUGCUACCGUGCGGUCAAAUAUGGCUUAUUCUAAGAUUGAGAACAGAUACAAGAAGCUCUUACGCGCGGUGGAUCUUACCAAAGACUUCUUUUUUAGCUACUCCUACCAUGUUAUGCUUAGUCUUCAAAAGAACCUAAGCCAUCAUGAAACAGGAUUAAUCCUCUAUGAGACAAUGUUUGUCUGGAAUGAGUUCUUGACUCGUGGAAUUCGAAAUCAGCUCAAGAACUCGAUUUGGACUGUGGCCUUGGUUUACGGAUUCUUUAAACAGAUUGAACUUUCAAUAUCUGGGCGUGAGUUCAGUUUGAUUCUUAUUGCAAGACGAUCCCGCCAUUAUGCUGGAACCAGAUACUUGAAACGAGGAGUAAAUGAAAAGGGUCGUGUAGCGAAUGACGUUGAGACCGAACAAAUUGUGAUUGAGGAUGUGCCUGAAGGAAGUCCCAAACAAAUAUCCUCUGUUGUGCAGAACCGGGGUUCAAUUCCCCUCUUUUGGUCGCAAGAGACCUCGCGAUUAAAUAUUAAACCUGACAUCAUAUUAUCAAAGAAGGACGACAACUAUGAAGCCACCAAACUUCACUUCGACAAUCUGGUUAAGAGAUAUGGCAAUCCUAUUAUCAUAUUGAAUUUGAUCAAGACGCGGGAGAAGAAGCCCAGAGAAUCUAUCCUCCGCGCAGAGUUCGCUAAUGCUAUUGAAGUUCUUAAUAGGGAUCUUGUGCGUGAAAAUCGUUUGAAGUUCCUCCACUGGGAUUUGAGUAAACACUCCCGAAACAAAGCGGCUAGUGUGUUGCAGUAUUUAGUCAAAGUGGCAACUAAUGCAGUGGAGUUAACUCACAUCUUCUAUUGUCAAGUACUGCCAUCUUCAAGCCAACUGCCAUGCAGCAACAACUGCAACGGUCAUUACGCUGACGAGGAAGCAGACAGCUCGAAUGGGAGUUACUUUGUCAGACCACCAAUAUUCCAAAAAGGGGUUUUGAGAACAAAUUGUAUCGACUGUUUGGAUCGAACAAACGUCGCGCAAUACGUCUAUGGAUUGGUUGCUCUUAGUAAACAGUUGUAUGCAUUAGGAUACAUCGAUGUUCCUACCAUUAAUUUGGACUCCUCGUUGGCUGAUGACUUGAUGAAGACUUAUGAAGCUAUGGGCGACACACUUGCUCUACAAUACGGCGGAUCUGCCGCACAUAACAAGAUAUUCUCAGAGACAAGAGGUCAGUGGAAAGCAGCAACGCAGUCGCAAGAAUUUCUGAGAACUCUUCAGCGUUACUAUAGUAACGCUUACAUGGAUGCUGAAAAACAAGAUGCCAUAAAUGUGUUCCUCGGACAUUUCCAACCACAACAGGGUAAACCAGCUCUGUGGGAGCUCGAUUCUGAUCAGCAUUACAAUGCUGGAACACGUGGUUUAGGUUUUGCAGAGAAAAUGGCUAGGUCGAUAAUGAAAAGGUCCCUUUCCGAUGGCAACAUCCUUUGUGAUAACAACACACCUAUUGUUGGAUCGAAGAUGAAUAAUUCUCGCAUCCCUUUGCCUGCAAUUCAAGCGUCUGAUAUCAGUAUUUCGGAUUCAAGCCCAGAAAUGUCGACUUGUGGAAGUAAUGAUAUAUCUUAUGCCAGGUAUACGCCCUCAAUGUCUAGUAGACAGCUUUUCUCCGAGCAGCCGCAGGAGUAUCUAGGAAACGACAGCAUGUUUUUUUUCGAGCAUGGAGAUUCAUACAACUGUUCGAAUUUUCUUGAUGUUGAAUCUCUGUCUUCAUCUGGGAAUUCGUGCGAAGAAGAAAAUUACGAAAGAUCGUCGCUCAUUGAGUCUCAAUCUGCUGGCUUGUCAUCGGGUGAGAUAAAAGUCGAAGCGGGCCCAUCUUAUCGGUCUGGAUCGAGCUUAAAGGGAAAGGAACUAGCUAGUGGUGAUCUAAGCGACGGCGGUGCAAGUAGCUCCAACGAUUUAUCGGGAUUUUCCGAAGAAUUUGUGAACUGGGUUAAUUACGGAGAUGGGCUUUUUCCUUGAAAAAAGUUGACGGUCUCAAAAUUCUUACCGAAGCUGAUAUUUUCGGCCAUUGUUUGAUUUCGAUUAAUCCAUCCGAAGGAUGUGAAUCAGUAACUGGAAAUAAAUGGCAAAAAAAAAAUUAAAACAAAAAAAAAAAAAAACAAAAAAAAAAAAAAAACAAAAAAAAGGUGAUAUAGCUAGACAAAAGACAUGGUUAAGAAGUUUUGGUACAUAGCAUAGAUUUUUUAUUUAAUGAAGGUUUUUUUUUUUUUUUUUUUUUCUUUUUAAACUGUACAUUUUGCAGAACUAAUUUACCGGUUUAGUAAAUUAUUCAAAAACCAGAGAGUACAAAUAGUUUUUACUUCCAUUGUAAAUAUUCCUAGGUUUAUUUUUACUGGAGUUCUGUUUCUCUCAUUUUUAUGUUUUAUGUAAUAUAUUAAUUGUUGACUUUCUGACGUGAAGCAUAUAUAAUUUUUUUUCUCUCCA